AUGUGCUGCCACAGAGCCGGCAGAGAGCGAGGGAGAGAAGGAUGAGUGGAUAUCAGCGCUGACUUAGAAGCCUAUCGUUUUCUGUCAUUUCUACGCUGUCCCGGGAAGCUCCUUCUCUCCUUUCUCUCUUUUUGUGCCUUUCUCCAGUUUCUCUCGGACCAGAGCCCGACUGACGGAACGUGUUCCAAGAGGCCCAGCCUGCAGCCCCGACUUCAGGAGCCCUUACCGGCUCGCCACGUCGCGAUGGGCUGCACGACAGGCCACCUGGCUUGCCAACCCCAGGCCAACGCGGGGCAGGAGGGUCACUCGCUGGAGGCGGGCGGGGCCAAAGUGCCCGAGGUGCUGUCCUCUCUGGAACGCCUGUCCCAGGCCACCGGUGGCAUGGAGAAGUCCUGGUACCGCUGCAUCUUUCCCUUCGGGAUCAUCUCCCUGGUGAUCGGUGUGGCAGGAACCGGGGUGACCUACACCUACAACGACCUGCCUCAGACUAAAGUGGUGUCCGUGGUUCUGCUGGUCAUGGGCCUUUUGCUGCUGCUGAUGGCCACCGCCUGUUGGAUUGUCCACAAGAGGAAGAGAAGGAAAAAGAAAGAGGGAGGCUCGUUCUCCUCUGAGCAGUGCCCCCUGUGAAGCACACGGGGAAAUCAGCGGUGGGAACUGGAAAGUAGAGACAUGGCCACUGCCGGGAGAGAUCACGGGGGUUGGCUGAAGCAGCCGAAACUUUCCCUCCUCUCAGCGCAUAAAUCCCCUCUAUCCUUUAUCACAGUUUGGCUCAGCAAAUACCGGAAAAGAACCAAAGUGGAGAAAUCAUAGAGCGUGGAAGGAGAGAUGGGCAGGAAGUAUCUGUUUAGUCUGUAAAGUUUGGAUCAUUUUGGAUUGACGAGGAGCCAUCACCAAUGCCUCACAUGCUCUUUUAUCAUCAGACCGCAGGUGUCCAGUGUCAAAACAACCUCAGAGGAGACACACACACACACAAAUAUGCAUUGCACACUGCAUGCAUAUUUACUCGCACGGACACACGGCACGCCGCAGUCCUCGCUCACACAUGCACCGGCAGUCAAAGUGGGAGCUCGCGCAGGACACCCAACCCGCUAUGCAGGGCUGCUGCCGGAGUCAAUGCCGGCGUCACCAGGCACGUCAGUCACAGCAUUCCCCCUGCCGGGACAGGUGACUCUCCAAGAGGUCAGAAGUGGGCCAAAGACGGUAACCCGAUACCGGGGGCCAAAAGAGCAGCGCGCCCGCGUCAGCGCCCAGCGUCAUUCACUCGUCCUGUGACACCGCAGCAAUGUGUUGGGAGCUUUUUUUACGCAAUGGGAGAGUGGAACUUGAGUCCUGCAGGAUCUUGUUGGCAUCUGUGCGAACGAUGAGCCGGAGAGAGAGGGCGGAGGAUCCGCCCUGGGGGAGAGAAAGGUGUCUGAGAGUCUGAACUGAAAGUCUGUCGGGAGCCUUGGACUUAAAAUGCUGCAAACGAAGGAUUUACACAUGUAGCCGCCGCGUCCACGCCAAGCGAGAGGGGCUCCUCCGAAAGGCCUUUGGCGGCCUCAGCUCCCCGCUGCGAGUGGGGGCCGCUGACUUUCCGAUCGCCCUCCUUUCAACGUGCGCACAUUCACGCCUCCUCCCGCCUACUGUCUUCGCGGGCCACCUCGACCCCACACAGGACAGUUCAGGAUUACUGAAGGACACUACGCCAGAGGACAUGCCACUGCGGGGACACUUUAACUGAUCCCGCUCCCCUCGGGGGGGGGCCCCUCCCUCUUGGUGCCUUGAGCAAGCACUCAUGGAAAAAGGCUCUGUUGCAUUCCGCCGUUUCCAUCUGAACCUCUGAGAAUUUACCCCCUUGUUCUCUCUCUCUCUCUCUCGCUCUCUCUGUCUCUCUCUCUCUUUACGCCCAACAGGACUCUCCUCAUUCAUCACACAUGCCUUCCUCCGCCCUAAAUCCACAGUUUCAGACUUGAUUCCCCCCCCAUUUCACCAUUGUUAUAUAGUCAAGCCGCACACACUUAAAUGUAACGCUCAUAGCCCACAGACAUUUAUCUUUAUUACUCCUUGCCAAAGAAAAUGGGAUAAUUUUGCUCUCAUGGUGGAAAGUAUUGAAAACCUUGUACAAUCACUCACUCGAAAUGUUUCUGGGGUUGCCGCUUCGCUUACUUCUCCUUCGCAAAGAGAGAGUGAAUGUCGCCGCGCUCAACUCCACAGCUGUAAAUAGGUGCUUUCUGUUUGCGUGGUCUCACGGGAUGAGACACACUAUGGCAUUGUAGUCUCGUUUUAUAUUUUCUCCUCACUGAAUGUAACACGGGAAAGAAAAUAGAGAUCACAGAAGUAGAAAAGGCAAAGAAAAAUGUAUGCGAAACAAAAGGAGCCUAGCCCAUUUGUCUUCAUGUAAAAGGGCCACGUAAAAGCACUCCUUUACCCCUUGAGAACUGCUUUCGGUCACCGUUUCAGUGUGCAUUUUAGAUGUCCUGUUGCAUACUGAUUGUCCCUACAAACUCUGUUAAACGAGGAAAAGGAAGGGAAGGCCGAGGGGACGAGGAGGCAGUAAUGUUUUAAGACAAAAGCAGAGCUUGGGGGUCAUUCCUUUUACUUGUAGGUGGUAGUGGGGAGAUGUCCCUGCAGGUGGAUGGCAUAAGUCAAACCCUGAGCAGAGCAGUAUUAUUCUUAGAUUCUUAGGGCGUAUAAUGAAUUGCUGGCAGCAGCAAUCACGAUGCCAAGUUAAUUGUUGUGUAGCACGUCUUUAUGUACUGACUAAAAAACAUGUUGAGUAUGUUCUUUCUUAGCUCAGUGCAGUGAAGAACAUUGUGCUUGCAUACUUGUACUUGCCCGACUUUCAAGCUAUAUCGUGACGGUGAGUUGGCACUAAAUGUUAAUGACUGGUGACCAGAAUUUGUUUGUUGGAGAUGUGAAGUGAAUUCCCUUCUGCCUUUUGAAAAACUAAAGGGAAGGUCUACCUCUCUGUGCUGCGGGGGACGUACCUCCCUCACCCAGUAGACAGCCUCGCUGUCUGUGCACGCUGUUUGUCACUAACGAGUGACGAGAAGUUUGUGUGCCCUCUAAUAUUUGGUGCUGUAUAUAUGACAAUUUUAUAUUUUUACUGUAUAUUUCUACUCAUAUGUACAGUUUAUUUGUUGUAUUAAAAUGAAUGUUACCCGAA